ACACGCCUGUCGCUCGUGCUGCUGCUCGUUCGCUGGCGGGCUCAGCAGCGCGGAGCGGCGGGGCCGCACCGGAGCGGGGCCGGUGUCGGUGUCGGUGCCGCUUCGGUACCGCUGUCGCUGUCGGUGCCGGAGCCGCCCCGGGGCGGUGCCCGGCGCUCCCGAGCCUGCGCGGCGGCGGCGGCGGCCAUGGAGGUGCAGGUGGCCCCGCUGCGGGCCUGGGACGAUUUCUUCCCCGGCUCGGAUCGCUUCGCGCUGCCCGACCUCAAGGACAUCUCGAAAUGGAACAACCGCGUGGUCAGCAACCUGCUCUACUACCAGACCAACUACCUGAUGGUGGCCGCCGCGCUCGUCUCCAUCGUGGGGUUUCUGAGUCCCCUGAACAUGCUCAUUGGUGGCACUGUGGUGGUGCUGGUUUUCCUGGGCUUUGUGUGGAUGUCACACAACAAGGAUGUACUCCGCAAGCUGAAGAAGCAGUACCCAACCACUUUUGUCCUGGCCAUCAUGCUGUCUAGCUACUUCUUGAUCUCCUAUCUGGGAGAUGUCAUGGUGUUCAUGUUUGGGAUCACGCUUCCUCUCCUCUUGAUGUUUGUCCAUGCUUCCCUGAGGCUCCGGAACAUACAGAACAAGCUGCAGAACAAGAUGGAGGGGAUAGGCUUGAAGAAGACCCCGAUGGGCUUCAUACUGGAUGCUCUAGAACAGCAAGAGGAUAGUAUCAACAAACUGGCUGACUACAUAUCUAAAGUAAAGGAGUAAGCAGCUGCAACGUGGCAUUUCUGCCUGUUGCAGGAGCGUAGUUGCUAUUUACUAUUGUUCAAGCUUGCUUUCAGUUUAUGUACAAAACAGGAAAUGCAUGUGGUACAGGUUAAUAGUUGCAGGAUACAGGUAUUCCAAGGUCUUCAGGGCUCCUCUAAGAACAUACAAACAGCAACUUUUUUUCUAUUGUAUAGCAAAAUGUUCUGGUGUUUACACAAAUACAUACUAACUUAACCAUGUUUGCUUGUCUCUUCUUCUGGGGGUAGAGGAGGAAGAGGUAGAAACCUAUGGAAUGCAGUCUCUCAAACUGUCUUGUAGCAAAUUGAUCCAUUAAAGCAACAUCCCUUUCAUCUCAGUUCUAAAAUAUUGCAGUUUAGCCAGGUUAUGCUGGGUAGCACCUGUGAGCCUGGUGGUGCUCAGAUGAGCUGGAAUGUAUCACAAGCAGGUAUCUCUUGCAUCCUCCAAAUCCUUCCCUUGAGUGCUCUGUAUUACAGAGACCACAUUACCAGCUUAACUGGCACGUGGUAAAACUGCAGUGCUUGAACCCAGUCUGGGUUCCUGUCCUCCCCUCACAGCCCUGAAACAGUCUAAAUAGCUGUAAGCAUGAAGAAUAUACAUGGCACUGCUAGUCCCAGUAACAUUUACCUUCAGGCUCUCCAAAAUCCUCAUUCAUAGAACUGCUCCCCUCUGUAGGAGAGCCAAAUAGAUAGGUUGGAUGAGCUGAUAGGUUGGAUGAGUUUCUACCCCACUGAUGUUUUGAAAUACUGCUACUCUAGGACUUACCUGCUUUAGUCUGCACAAGCUGUUUGUAGAUGGAGGUGUAUGUGUGUGUUCUUGAGCGUGGGUCAUCUUUUUCUUUCUUCUCACCCAGAAUGCAAAGAUACAGGUCAAACAUGCAUCUGUUGACUCUGUACUUCCAACACUCCUCAAAGGAAUAAACUGGAUUUCAGGUUUACAAGUAAAAGCAAUAAAUGUCAAGAUACAAUUUUUGAAAACCCAUUCCAAAUUCAUGAAGAUAUUUACCUGUUAAAACUCCUGAUGUUGAAAGCAAUGUGGGGGAUUCUUUUAUAUAUACACAACUUAACUGCCAGCUCUGAUGGAAUCAUCUUGAUAACAGGAGCUUACCAACAACAGGGGGGGGAAGUUGUCCAGGUGAGACUCCAUUUCAAAUAUUCUUGCAUUUCUCUUUUCUAAUCAAGUAAUUAAUUUAACAAAAAAGCAAGGAUCCUUGAAGUUGAAGCUUUUAUGUAACUUGCCAUGCUGUUUUCAUAGUGAACUGUGUAGAACUCUGAACAUGUCAUUCCAUUUAAGUGUUAAGCUGAUCAGUAUUUAUCAAAAAUGUCUGUAUAUUCCAGCUGAAGGGUCAAUGGCCUGUUCCUCACUUGUAGCGCAUGGUCUUUGGUUUUCAAGAACUGUUUCCACACCUAAACAACAUAGUAGCCUAUGACUUCAUCAUUACAGUAGCAUUUUAAAAACUGCACAGUUAUGAAGAAAAAUAAAUUCUAAUGGUUGGAAACUCGA